UACUACGACUUCUCCAUGGAUCAAUUUAUUGAGCACCUGAGAGCAACCCUGAGUCCCGCCCAGGCCGAGGAGCUGCAGCUGUUUCUCGCUGUCGUGACUGAGGAGGCACAGGAGAAAGAGAACAUCCUGAAGGCCACUCUGGAGAAGCUUCUCCAGGCUGUCACUGAUAUGGAGCAUAGCAGGAAUGUGCAAGUGGAGGAGUGGCACAGGGAGAAGGAGAGGAUGAAAGCUGCUGGAGAGGCUGCCAAGCGCAAUUUACAGGAGAUGCAUCGCGACACCUACGCACGCUUGCAGUCCGAUGUGGAUGCAAGGUUUGAGGAGCUUGAGGUGGAGAGAGAGAAACUUGUUGCUCUGGAGAAAGAGCACAAGAGGGCAGUGUUCCUCCUGGAGGUGAAGGAGGAGGAAGACUACGAUAAGAUGAUGGCCAAGGAGACAGAGCGCAUGAUAGAAGAGUCCAAGAGGUGGGACAGAUGGACCAAAGAAGCAGAGAGCGGCACCCUAUCAAUGGCUCUGACUGCUGCAGUCCUGAAGCAAAGGUUGCUACAGGAACUGAAGGGCCAGGCAGGGAAAUGGAUGGUCUCAGGAGCCAGCGGCACCAAGAGAGCACCCAUGGUGUUUCAAUCAUGGAUGAUGAGGGAUCAGUGGAGGAAAGUCCAAGACAACAGGCCGUGCCUCAAUGAUGACCUCCAGAGUUUCAUCAACCACCAGAAAAUUGAGGAGGUCAUUGUCGAAAAUCUGACGCUGAAGGGAGAGAUCGAUCAGGAGUUUGACAAAAAAAUGGAGCGUCACAUGAUGGAGACCCUCAAGAAGCAGGAGAAGUGUAAGGCUGCUGCGCUCAAAAAGAAAGUCAAGUUGGAGGAGAAGACCAGGAAAGCACUGCAGAAGGUGCAGAAGGCUGAGCUGAAAGAAAAGCUAAGACAGGAAGCCAAGGAGAGAAAGGAGGCUGAGAAACGAGAGAAGAAGAGAGCGAGAGAGGAGAGAGAGGGCUAAGACCAGCCAGACCAGAUGCUGCUGUUGGAGAAAAUCAGCAACCGCAGA